AUGUCUACGGAGGUUAGUUGCAGUGGUGAGCUGGAAAAAGUCGUCGCACCGAAGUGCACAGUCCAAGUCACGUACAAUACGGAAAGUUCGUAUCAAGUCUCGGCGCAACUGCCUAUAACGCAGAGGACAGAUAUUUAAGUUAGUAGGCGGAUCUCCUAUGGCAGUGCAACUUGACCUCUUAUUAAUUUUGUUGCUCGCCUCUGCACCCUUCCGAGCAGAUUGGAAUCCUGCUGCGUCCACGGUCUCCAGGCCUGAAUUGCAUAUACGGCGUCAUUUCAAGAGCAAUGACUCCCGAUUCGGGCCACCUUGUUCUUAACAGACCUGGCAACCAGUAAUAUAAUAUCUAGUGUGUUUGGAAAAACAAGGAUACUGUUCACGAUAUUUAGAAACAAAUUUCGAGGUGGAUAUGUAAGCUGUGAAUUAAGGAUGUUUAAAGAAUAAAUACCAGUAGGUUUUGAGUUAUACACGCAGGGAAAGUCAGCAAGAGAAGGCUGGGUAGGAGACCUAAAGGAUGUGGGAAUAUAGUUUCGAGCAUUGGAAUGCUAUGGGAUUUAAAACAGGGAUCGGCCAGGUGUUAGUUAAAUUGUGGAGGAGGGGAAGGAGGAGGGAGCCUAGAAGGAAGGUAGAGGCUGGUGGGGGAGGGUAGGCAGCUAUAAGAACAAAAGGGUGGAGGCCAGGUUUAGGUUGAAAGUCAAAGGAGUUAGGUGUACUUACCGGAGAGCAGUUGGUCUUAAGUGGCCGGAAGCCUGAACUAGGUUGGGGGAUAAAUGACUAACGGCAAUUCACGUAUGAAUUAUUUACUGGAUAUAUAGUAGGGCAUUGGCAAGUAACCGGUACGCAGGACAGAGAAAUAUUUGGGGGUAUAAUUGGAGCUGUGUAAUUUGUAGACGAGCUGGACUUUAAAGACUUGGCAAAUCUAAGAGAAGGCGGCGUACCCCUAAGUGGGAUUGUACUACCUUUCUUUUGGAUCGGAGCCUGAGUCAGUUUUGGAGUCCCACCACUCUGACAACAAGCCACAGGUGAUUUGACGUUAGAGCUUGCAGCACCAUGUUGAAUUGGGGAAUUUGUCUGUUUAGCUCAUGUAGGCGGAUUUUCAUGCGUCCUUGGGGGGGGGGCUAGCUGGAGAAUAAGAAACGACACCUGGGGCUGCCGCCAACAUAUGGGCAGGCCAAUGCGUCAAGUAGCCUGAAUGAGAGAGAGAUGUAGGAGUAAGGCGAAGGAGGGAGUCAGAUGUUGCAGGAGUGGGACCAGACGAAUCCUCACGGCCACUAGUAUUAUGAAGGAGUUGGUGAACAUUAGGCUGAGAAGCAGUGGGUUUACGUGAGAAGAGGGACCCGAUUCAUUUGAACUCUUUCUAUGCUAUUUCGAUCUUGAGCUGUCCAAUGCCUCCAUGUUAUAACAACGCAUUUCAAACGCGGCUUUAGGAAGGCUCCUAAAAUUGUGAAAAAAAACCUUUAUCAAAACCCAAAAAGCUCUCUUGGCUACGUGUAACAGGGAUACUGCGCUUUUGUAAUUCUGAAACGGCGGACGUAUGACUUUACGGAAUCUGUAGUCAGCAAACCGAGGAUCAUUUGGGUUUCAAUGUCAUGUAGGGUUGCGCCAACGAAAAGACAGUCUCUGUUGUCGGUGGAUCUAGCUAAUUUGCUCAAACGAGGAAUGCUACGCUUACGAAUUGAGCGAUACGCAUUGAGUUACGUUAACGUUGAUUCGGAGCGUAACAUAUUCCACCGCUAGCGCUGUUUGGUGUGACCAUCCUUUUGACUGUGUUGGUGGUCCGCUUGAAGUUCGCACAGCCAGAGACGAGACAGCUCACGUCUUUCGAUGGGUUUUCUGUCGUUACAUUAAGUGCAAACACGUUCAGGAAGAGAAGUUCGUAGACAGUAAGUUUUGCUUUUCGCGAGGAUGUUAAUACUCAUCGGAUAUAAAGAAGCUGGCCGCUGGUUGUACAGACGAUCUUGGUCCUAGGGAGUUUCAUAUGGUAGACGUUAAUCAGCAUGGUGCAUAACAAUAAGCUGCAGAGGAUGGAGAUGGGUAAACGGUCUCCCUUCACUCCGUUGAUUAUUCCAAAUAUUUCUGAGACGAUCAUAUUGUCUGUGACGCGAGUCAUCAUUCCGUUAUGCAGUUGGCACAUCGUGUGCGUAAACUGACUAGAAUAGAAUAGGUUUAUUAAACCACCUCUUGGGUUUUAGGUCUAGGACAGAGACCUAGAACGAACUCAUCCAUUUUGCUUGUAAUUUGACUGUGUAUUUCUUGGGUGUCUGCCUAAUCAAUAAUGGGAGAUUUGGAAGGUUGCAUAAGAAAAUAGGAUUUCAAGGCAUAGUAAUUAAAUAAGAUAUAAAGAGAAACGAGAUACACAAUAUUCAGAUUUAAUCUUAUUGCUUGGUUGUUUUAGGAUAAAGAAUAUUUCUUUCGUCGCGGAGAUUAAGUAACUUCUAUCUUGGCCAGAGGCUGCCCGAUUGCGAAUUUAUCACUUUAGGUAUCUGCUGUUUGCCGGCUGCCCGUUUUUGGAUACCUUCUUGGUUCUGAUCGCCUCGUUUAUUUGUGUCUCAGGGAUGGCUAAUCAUCGUUAUUUGAAUGAGCAGCUGAAAAGAUGAAUAUGGGCUGGAAGAAUGAAACUCUCAUAGGUAGCAAUCGAAGGUGUAAAAAUGAUAUUAUAUCAGAUAUCAUAUUGUUUCUGAUAAUAUGAUAUUGCAGGUGAAUUGACGGUUGCUGGGGUAUAAUCUCAUUGCUUCUUGCGUUACCCGGAUGUCUUGUCAUGAUUACCUGGACGAGCAACACGAAGUAUCCAAAUUUUAGCGUAAAUCUGCAGGGUUCAAUCGAGAUUCCCUGCGUCCGAGGCAGUUGUUAGGACUACGUAUUUAGCUUGGAGGAUUGAUUGCAUUUUUGGCACUUUUCGUUUAACUGGCGGACGACGCAGAUCAAACCAACGGUUCUGCGCCUUUUCCGGAGUCCUCAUUGGCUUUUCGGAAUAUGUUUUUUUCUCAUGUGAGUGCUCAGACAAUUGAGGAGGACGCUAGCGAAGAUUUUGCCUGCAACGUUGAAGACAGAAACAGUUUAGAGAUUAAUACAGAGUAGACGGUUGUCCUUGAGUUUCCAGAUGUCUACGAUGAUGUCGACCGUAAAGUUCCAAGGCAUGUUUCCCGGCCGCCAAAUCUCUCACAACAACGAUGUCAAUGUGCCCAUCAGCCGAGGGCCGCCCUAUUUGCAGCCGUCAUCGGGAUUACGUCUGCUCCCGACGUGUCUACGCUGGAGGGCCGUUCUACUAAUUUGAUUGUUUUUGGGAGGAAGCACUGACGGUACACGACAGUAAUGGUUUCCGCUUGAAAAGGCCAGUUGAUAACGGUCUCGGCGAUUGUAGAUAGGCAGAUGAAAACGGUUUUGGAGUGCUCAUACCUGCGCUUCAGUAUUUGCGGCAAACAUUGCUCCGUUAAGGUUGAACGGCGGCAGAGUUCUUUUGAUGCAGAGUCCGUUGCCCAGCUUGAUUUGACGAAUAAGUUCUCCACAUCGUUAAGGUUAGCGCACCCCUGUAUUUUCUUGGCCUUGCGAUCCACCUUUAUAUCAAGUUUUCCCUUGACCAUCGGUCUAAAGCUGGAACUCCGGAAAGAGAACUCUUUUUGUUUACAUUGGUUCGGAAUGCUUGACGUCUUCAAAGUGGAUAGUGGUUAAACAGACUUAAUCGAAGGCUUGUUGAUGAAUAAGCAAGCUAUCUGGGUUGAAGAGUAAUGGACAGUGAAAGAUGCCGCGACAGCGUCUUUAGGUUUUGUUAGACACAGAUCUGACGAAUCACUCACUCAAAAACAGAAUCACAAGUCAAAAGAACACAAUAUUGUGAUAACAAAUCAACCCGAAAACCUGGAAAGUUCUCACAGGAAACCGGUUGGCCUGAGGAAGAGCAGUGCAUACUGAAGCAGCAGUCCAUGAAGUCAGUUAAAUCAGUGUUGCGAAAGCCAAGACAAAAACUCGCAAUUCACAGGCGCCCCUGGCCCGCAACGGACACAUGUAACACCUUCCAGCGUGCGCGCUGUCAAAGAACAUUCCAUGCUCCGACGUAGAUUUGCGGACGCAAAGUCCUAACAGUUCGACAGCGCCAACUGCUCUCCCAGACCGCCGCCACUACAGCCACGACGGUGCCUACCACCGACGUUCACCGGCGCCGUGAUCCACCGUCGUCGAUCGCUGCUAUCCGCAUCAUCCCUUCCACUGCCUCCGUGGAGACGACGACCAGCACAGUUCCCAUUCCAGCUGCCCAGCAACACGCGCCAUACGACCCGUCAACCACCAGUCUCACAAUCACUAUCCUCCUCUACAAAGGUGUUGACUGA